UCGACGGCGCACGCUUCUCUCCCCGACUAUUUUUACCCAUUUUUUCUCUCCUUCCCACCCCUCCCCGCUGUGCUUUCUCUGUCUGCCGUACGCUAACCUCGAGUGAAGAGACUGGUACAGGCAAUGCUACAUCUGAUGCUAAUGGGCCUACCUGGAAAAGAAAAUACAUUCAGCAGAGACUCUUCUUCAUUGCCUCAUCCUAUGGAGGAAUCACCACUGCCCAUCUACAUUGAGGAGGGGACAGAAGUCCCGAUUGCCAAAAAGGAGUUGAUUGCUCUUGGCAUCAGUCAAAUCUGGACCCAGAAGACCACAGAAAGCAGAAAUAUGGCAACAAAGGAAAAGCUUCAGUGCUUAAAAGAUUUCCACAAGGACAUCCUCAAACCUUCCCCUGGCAAGAGCCCAGGGACACGGCCUGAGGAUGAGGCGGAGGGGAAGCCACCCCAGCGGGAGAAGUGGGCGAGCAAGAUCGACUUUCUGCUGUCCGUGGCGGGUGGAUUCAUUGGCUUGGGCAACGUCUGGCGGUUCCCGUAUCUCUGCUACAAAAAUGGCGGAGGUGCAUUUCUUAUACCUUAUUUCAUUUUCCUGUUUGGGGGAGGUCUUCCUGUGUUUUUCCUGGAGGUGGUGCUAGGACAGUAUACCUCCGAAGGUGGAAUUACAUGCUGGGAAAAGAUCUGCCCUAUUUUCACUGGAAUUGGUUAUGCUUCCAUAGUGAUUGUGUCCCUUCUGAACGUGUACUACAUCGUGAUCCUGGCCUGGGGUCUCUACUACCUGUUCCAGUCGUUCCAGAGCGUCCUGCCAUGGGCACACUGCCACCAGAAGUGGAACACGCCGACCUGCGUGGAAGACACUCUCAGGAAGAACAAAACGCUUUGGAUAUCGCUGAAUGCCACUAACUUCACCUCUCCUGUCACAGAGUUUUGGGAGCGCAAUGUGCUGAGCUUGUCCUCGGGAAUUGAAGAUAUUGGAAUUAUCAAGUGGGAUCUAGCACUGUGUCUCCUCCUUGUCUGGGUGAUAUGUUUCUUCUGCAUUUGGAAAGGAGUCAAAUCCACUGGGAAGGUAGUGUACAUCACUGCCACAUUCCCAUUCAUCAUGCUCCUUGUUCUACUCAUCCGUGGCGUGACCCUGCCUGGAGCUGCAGAAGGCAUCAAGUUUUAUCUUUACCCUGAUAUCUCACGGUUAGCUGACCCACAGGUCUGGAUAGAUGCAGGGACACAAAUCUUCUUCUCAUAUGCAAUCUGCUUAGGAGCAAUGACUUCCCUGGGGAGCUACAACAAGUACAAAUACAACUGCUAUAGGGACUGUUUGCUGCUGGGAUGCCUGAACAGUGGUACCAGUUUUGUGUCUGGCUUCGCAAUUUUUUCCGUCCUGGGCUUCAUGGCACAAGAGCAAGGGGUGAACAUUGCUGAUGUGGCAGAGUCAGGUCCAGGCCUGGCCUUCAUUGCCUACCCAAAAGCCGUGUCCAUGAUGCCACUGCCCACCUUUUGGGCAAUCCUUUUUUUUAUUAUGCUUCUGUUGCUUGGACUGGAUAGCCAGUUUGUUGAAGUUGAAGGACAGAUCACGUCAUUAGUUGAUCUGCACCCAUCCUUCCUAAGGAAGGGUUACCGACGGGAAAUCUUCAUCGCUAUAGUGUGUUUCCUUAGCUAUCUUCUGGGACUAACUAUGGUGACUGAGGGUGGCAUGUAUGUUUUUCAACUCUUUGACUACUAUGCAGCUAGUGGUGUAUGCCUUUUGUGGGUUGCAUUCUUUGAAUGUAUUGCUGUAGCCUGGGUUUAUGGCGCUGAUAAUAUUUAUGAUGCCAUUGAGGAUAUGAUUGGAUACAGACCUGGUCCCUGGAUGAAAUGGAGCUGGAUUGUGAUUACACCAGUUCUUUGCGUGGGGUGCUUUAUCUUUUCUUUGGCCAAGUAUAAACCACUGACCUACAACAAGGUCUACACAUACCCAGACUGGGCAAUUGGCCUGGGCUGGGUUCUUGCCCUUUCCUCCAUGAUCUGCAUCCCUAUGGUGAUGGUCAUCCGCAUCAUUCAGUCAGAUGGGUCACUCAUUGAGAGGAUAAAGGCAGUGGCUGCCCCCAAGGAAGUGAAUCGGUGGUCCAAAGAAACAGAGAGUGGCACCCCCUUCUGCCCCAAUGGAACUUCGAAUGGCGGAUUGAUCAAGCCAACUCAUAUCAUUGUGGAAACCAUGAUGUGAGCUCUCUCUGUGAGAGGAUAAACCUGCUUUAACUGCCGUUUACUAACCAUAGAUUCUCAUAGGACCAGGUUUACAGAGCUUUAUAUUUGCACUAGGAUUUAUUUUUAUUUCUCACAGAGAAAGUUAUUUUUUGUGUGUGUUUUUUUUUUUAAUAUUUUGUAAGGUAAUCACAGCAGACGUCUCUCUGUAGAGGGAGAGCUUUCAUAUCAGACUAGACAUAUUACAAGAAUUUACUAUUAUUGGGUUUUUUUAAAUAUAUAUAUCUUUAUCUCUAAAUAUUAUACACCUUACCACUUGAAUUGAUUGUCUUGCCAGCAAUACAUUCAAGUCUCAGAAAGCAAUUUUAGGUGCUGGUAUGGUUGGGAGCAGGGUAACCUACAGAACACACAAAAGGAGCUCUGUUGAGAGAUA